CCGCGAUAUACCGGCCGGAACCACACGUUAAACACCACCACAACCACCAUCCUCUUCGACGCAAAUUAUCGCCACCGGUUAACCCCAACCACAACCACCCAAACCCACGUGUCGGUGUUACACAAUCUUAACCUUAACACCUCAGCUUCCCCUAACCAAAAAUACGAAUAGCAUUUCAAAGAUAGGAAUUCGGUUCCGUCCCGGAAUGGACAAUCCAGUUUCCACUCGGAAUAAUCCUUUCUUUUCCAAAACUAUCCGAAGAAUUUUCUUUUCCCCCUUUCCUAUACCCCCAAACAAUCAUUUUUGUUAAUAUGGUACUACUUUAAUGUCUCCUACAACUAAGUCACCAAGUUGUAAUCCCAAAUCACUAACAACCAACACGACGACGCUACCUAUUCCAGAAUCCAAUUCCAUCUGUCAAAUCCCAUUCUAUAUAAUCAUUCCAAAAUGUCUAUUUAAACCAAGGAUGCGAAUCCCUAAGAGACCCGUCUCUUUUUGUCUCUCCAUUUUCUCUCCCGCUGAAGUUAUUUUCUCAUCUUCCCCUCCUCAUUUAUCUUCUAGAGUUCUUGGUUUUCAUUCAGGAAUUUUGGCUUCUUGUCUCCCUUCAAGAAGUUUCUACCAUUCUCCAAACAAAAGAGAAGUAAUUUGUUUUAAAGGUGGUAAUCAGUUGCAUGCCAGUUAUACAAUGGACGGGACUAGUGUAGAUGACAAUACUGUACAGGUGCAGAGUAGUACUAGCAAUGAUGGCGUUCAGGGACCGUGUAUAUGGUCAUCUCCCCAAGGAGGGCGUGACAUCGAAAUAGGGAAACAAAUUUUCUGCAAUAGAUCUCUAAACAUGAAGAACAUUGUUUCUGUUGGGUUUGAUAUGGACUAUACCUUGGCGCAAUACAAACCUGAGACUUUUGAAUCUCUUGCAUAUGAAGGCACUGUGAGAAAGCUAGUGUAUGAUUUGGGAUAUCCUCCAGAGUUGUUGGAAUGGUCAUUUGAUUGGAAGUACAUGGUCAGAGGUUUAGUUCUUGACAAAAGGAGGGGCAAUAUAUUGAAGAUGGAUCGGCAUAAGUAUGUGAAAGUAGCAUACCAUGGAUUUAGGGAGAUGUCAAAGGAAGAUAAAGUUGCUACAUACGGCAGCACUUUGACACGAGAUGCGUUUGAUGAACCUGACUAUGCACUCAUUGAUACCCUUUUUUCGCUGGCUGAAGCCUACUUAUUUGCUCAACUUGUUGACUUCAAGGACAAUAAUCCUGGAAAAGUUCCGAGAGGUGCAGAGUAAGGAGGCACCCCAUUAAACUGUCUAAUAUUUUGCAAGUAGUGGCAAGUUAAUUUCUCUGUAUCUCUUUCUUUGCAUUUAUUAACCAAUGCCGGUACAAUUGGUCUCAUUUGGGUUAGAGCAAUGAUUGUUUUUCUUUAGAGUAUUUGCGACAGCUUAUUAAGUUUUCCAUUUAUUUUCCUAUUUGUUUUUCGGUUGUGCAACAAACUUUACUGAGACUUUUGCAAAGAGAAAGACAUUUCCAUUAGGAAGAAGACACACUCACACACAGAGGCCUUUGCAUACACAGAGACAUACACACAGUAUUACCAGUUGCCAACUAAACAAAGAUUUUGCUUGUGGGUCUUGUAUGUUUCAUCAACUAUUCUUGCAAAGGAACAAGCUCUGAAUGGCGUGUCAAUUAUAAAAUGACCUCAUUGUCAAUGUUGAAUUAUGCACGAGGACCAGCUAUGCCAUCACUACAUAGGUGUUCAAUUACAUUGAACAGUUCAGUGCAUUAGAGCAAUUGACUGCCUAACAAGGCAAUUUUCUUGUCAUUGAUGAAGGUUUGUGAUUUCGGUAUAACUCUAAUAUGCCUUUAUGGUUAAGUCUGAGUGCUUCUUAUGGUAGAAACUACAUGCUUUUGCAUGUCAUUUAAGAUAAGAAAAGUAGCAAGGUUUCUGGAAUUUUCCAAGGGUAGAUAUCAAUUCUUGUGUUUAUAAACUCUAUAUCCUACUAUACGAAUUGUAUGCAAUGGCAAUCAAUUCAUACUUUAGGUAUGAUUUCUGCCUAGUCCUUAUGGCAACUGCUCAAUUUUUGGUGACUCAUUAAUUUAUGCCAAGUUUCACAUGGAUUUAGUAAUGUCAUUGUCUUUCUUUUUUAUGAAGCUCACGAUUCAAUUUUGAUAGUUAUGGGCUAGUAAAAAGAUCAAAAAAAUGUAUCAUAUUCAAACAGCUCAUCUUGAAUUGGCAUUAUGAUGAACAAAUUCCUCAACCAAAUAAUUUAUUGCCAUUUAUGUAUGGACUCCACAUUUCUUGCCAUGUAUGUAUGGGCCCCAUUCUGAGUGCUGAUUUUUGUAUUACUAUUUGAGAGGCUUGUAAACCGAUUUUCAUAUGAAUAUCAUUUUAUAUUCACCUUCCAUUUUAAGGUUGAUAAUUUGUCCAAGAAAUGUGGGAUCGUUGAGGUUCUCUAAGAAAUUUGUGGGAAUUGAUAGUACUUGACAAUUUGCCUAUAAACGAAUGAAGGUAGCAUGAUGCAAUAGGAGAGACAAAACAGGAAGCAUAAUUAAGCAAAGACCUUUUUAUAUCCUGAUUUGCUUUUAUAAAAUUAUUUCGUAAUCAAUUCAAAGGAAUUGAAUUUUAUUAGUGUUGUAGAAGUCUUGAUAGUGUGGGUCUGAGAAGUACGGAUAUGGACACGAAAACGAGACACAGAUACGAUACGACACGGAUAUGACAUUUUUAAAACAACAGGACACGGACACGUUGGGCACACACUAUAGAUAAUUGUAUUUUAUAUAUAAAAUCAUAUAAUUUAUGACAAAUAUAGUGAUAAUGAUAUAUUAUUCACAAAAAAUUCAGUACCUCAUGAUAAAUAAAUGUUAUAUCUAGUUUUCUAAUAUAAUAGUCAAUAAUAAUUAAUUUUUUCGUAGAAGUGUACUAAAGAUAUAUAAUUUAAAUAAUUGCUCUAACUUUCUC